UCCUGAUAUACUUUACAGAGAUUGAAGUAAAACCUACAAAAUUACCUGCCAGGGUGUUGCUGGAGUUGCAGCCACGUAGCAACGCAGCAUGGGCAGAGGUUCAAGGAGUGGCACACAACCCAAGGUUGAGAUUGGUGGUGCCUCUUCAGAAGGAUAUGGGAAACCUACUCAGUUUCUUGUCAGAGAAAUGGACACCUCACAGACUCAGACUUCUUCACUCAUUGAAACCCGAGGACAAGAGUAACUUUAACCAAGUCAAGAUUCAUGUGCCAAAGGGUUCUACGAUCACCCCUUACAAUAAGCUACAUGGGCGCUUCAUCCAUGCCAACACCAAGACGCCCUUCGCCCUGGUUGCUGCGGACCAGGCUGCCAGUGGGGAAUCCCCUGAUAAGACUGUACAGACACCCUCUAAGAAUGGGACAGGAGAGGUUGGUUUCGGAGGAGACGAUGCCAAGGAUGACAUCACAAACAGUUUGCUUCAUCCUGAGAUGGAUAACAACAUCCAGCAGAUGGAGGUUGAUCUCCUUGGCAACCAUCAUCCUUCGGAAUCCAUGAUGCAAGACACAGGAAGCAUGCCAUCUAUGUUUGGUGAUGGUAAUUCCAUAGGGGAUCUCCUCUCAAACAUGUCGAAUGGAUCAUUAGGACAGACGAACGAAAACCUCUCAUUCAGUAAUCUGUCUCUUACGUUGUCUGGCAAUCAGAACUCCUUGUCAUUAGCUCCACCCACAAACAAUAUUCUCAUGCAUUCUGAUCCCAUGGAAACGAACGAUGCUGUAUCAUCAGUGAUUGGAGGAUCGGGAGAUGGGUCAAGAACAGAAAAUGGAGUGGAGCAAGACCCAUUGACCAUCAAAGAAGUAGUGAAGAUGGAAGUUGUAGAGGAGGAAGAGGAGAAGGAAAUAGAUGAACUGCUCAAGGAAGGACUGACUGCUGCAACUGCUAGUGGUAUCACAGCUACUGACAUCUAUCUCAUGAUGGGACAGCCAGAUACGUUAAAGUUUGAGUACGACUUUGUGAAGAAGGAGCAUCCAGUGAAUGAUGUUUCCUCUAUUCACAUGAUGAAGAAACUUGUCCAUCUUGCCAAAAGCUCUUAUGUAGAAGUAGCCAACCCUAAAGAGUAUGUGUCAGUUGGAGUUGUGACCUCUCCCAUCCGUAGCGACACCCCUCCUUCCAAGGCCCAGCAAUCAGGCACUAGCAGGAGCCCCUCCACCAACAGUCGUAGCCCACGUGGGACCGGAUCAAAGGGUAACGCAAGGGGUACUAACCCCACUGCUAAUACCAAGACCCAGGGGAAGUCAACCGUAGCCAGUAAGUCUGAUGCUGAUGAUAAGAAGGAAGAGGGAGAGGAAGAUGUACACUUUGCGGUGCCCAAGGCCGUUGCACCUGUUGCUAUCCGAAGAGGCCAGGAACCAAGCCAUGCACAGGAGGGUCAAGAGGUCCUUAAUCAACUGGAACAGAUGAAGAGACCACCAGCGAACUUCCUACUACCCAGAAUGAAGAAGAGACAGAGAGGAGUGAAGCCCCUUGUGGUGCAGAGGACCAUCCUACCCAGACCACUCCCCCAAGACAGUCUGACAGACAACAUGGUCUCCAUGGCGAUUAUUAACUCUUCCCAAGCCAACAUGGGUCAGUUCAUGCCCAUCAAAGUCAGCAUGUCUUCCCUUGGCACAGUGGUAUCACCCAGAGCCCUCCCUAGGCCCAUUAAGCCCAGCAUUUCAGGGGUCUCUACCACUACGAUUGCAGGGGUGGGCAAGACCAUCACAAAGACUGUCAUGGCCCCAACACCAGGAGCAACCAAGACUGUAGUGAGAAGAAUCAUACCUAUCAACGUGACCAACUCACCUGAGAAUAGAGGUAACAUCCUUCAUUCACCUGCUCCUCUAUCCUUCUCACCGGUUCAUUCUCCUAUGAUGCCAAGUAGCCCUGCACCGGAGUCACAGGUAAAUCAAGUAAGCACAUCUCAGCUGUCUACAUCUCCAUCGCCCUCUGCUGCAUCCCCCCAACCUCUGGGGUCCUCUACCCCUGCGAGGGAGUCGCCCCAUCCAAGAGGAUCACCCCAUCUAGGAGUACCUGACUCAUCCCUUCUCAACACCACCGUGAUCAUCGACAGGGGACCAGCAACACCAGCUCAGCCAAUCAACAACCAGGAAUCGUCCCUUCUCAACACGCCCAUUGUCAUUGACAAGACGCAUCAGUCGAUAUCUAACAUGGAUUCAACUCUCCAGGGUGAUUCGACCUUUGACCAGACGUUGACGCCAGCCGUCACGCUGGCAGACUCUUCCCUGCUGAACACUUCCAUUGCAUGUGGCGUGCCAUCAUCGUCGAUGACCAGGCAUCAAACAACCAUUCUCCACAUCUCACCCCCGGAGAUCUCAGCAUUGUUGGACAUCUCCAUGCCAGCAUCAGAGAAUGGGGAUACCAUCUCAAUCUCAAUGGAUUCUUCCACAUUUAGGACAUUUGGACAGGACAUCUCAUCUAUCAGUCCCAACUCGACUACCAAUGAGCUUCUAAACAGUAGCACCCUAUCAAGAGACAUUGGUAACGUCAGCCCAACAUCUUCACCCUUCAAGAUCAACUCAUUAGGUCCUGAAGCACAGUGGUUUAAUGGAGAGAGCUUAGACAUCUCAAUGUCAAGUCUUCUUGGGCACCUGGAGUCUCCCGAGAAGAAGGAGAGGAAUCACCCCUCUACAUCUACCGCUGUCUCUGUGGCUUCUACUCUAUCCCUCCCUCCUGGUCUCCUCUCAGAGUCAUCCAGAGACUCCAUCAUGGCACGAGAUGUUGACUCUACUCUGCAGGUUAUGUUGAAUGAGAACAGCAUUGACUAUGUGGCUAAGUUUGCUGACCUAGCUGCCCACAUCUCUGCGACCCCUGACACGCCUCACAAGAUCAACAUCAUUGACAAGGCCUUUGCGAAAGAUAACGCACCAAUUGAAUCUGGUGGUCCUCAGCUACAGCUAUCAUCUUCUAUGAAGAGUUCAAGCUUCAUGGACGUUCCUCCAAAAUCUGUGCUGUCUGAAACAUGUCCUUUGCAGUAGAGGAUACCCAUUCCAAACAUGGUUUCUGAUGAACCCUGGUAGUCCUCAUCUAGAGCUUUCAUCCUCUACAUAGGGUUCAAGUUAGUUGGAUGGCCUCUGCCAACCUUGGCAUGCCCCACAAGAUCAGCAUCCUUGAUGAGGCCUUUGCAGCAGAGGAUAGCACACAAGCAGAACCUGGCAAACUUCACUGAUCUGCUACAUCAAUGUGUAGCAUGUUUGAUAGCCUUCUGCAUCUCUGCUACCCUGCAUGCCCCACAAGAUCAGCAUCCUUGAUGAGGCCUUUGCAGUAGAGGAUAGCACACCGACAGAACCUGGUGGACUGUAGUGACAGCUCUCAUCUGCUACGUAGAUCCCAAGGGUGUUGGAUGGCCUUCCACAUCUCUGCCACACCCUCAACAGGCUGUGCACGAUCAAUACUGCUUAAGCUCUCAUCUCCUGCGUAGUGUACUACCUUGUUUGUUGAUUCCAUGCAUCUCUCCCACCCCAGACAAGAUCAAAAGCAUUGUCAAGUGUCAACUCCUUUGUACAUACCUAAUGGUCAAUUCAUCUUAAAUAUGUCAUAGAGAUAAAUGAGCUUCAGUUAGUUUGUAAUAAUGCUAGUCUUUCUUCACUUCCUUCUAUCUCCAUCACAUCUUUAUCAAGUUGGAGUCCUAUUUUUGUACUAGAAAGAAAAGGUAUUUGGAAUGUCUAACAGUAUUAGAGGAGUGUAUUAGAAAAUGAACAAUUGCGAUAGCUAUGUGUCGGUUACUUCUAGUCUUUCAUCUUUCAGCUCUGUCACUGUUUGUCGUAUCGUCUAUAGGAAGAGGCUGGUUAGUUAGAAUGAACGUUGUUUUCCAUGAAAUGUAAGGUAAAAGUGUACUUGAACUAAAUUAGAACAAACUUUCUUCAUGAUUAAGUCAUUUGUAUAAUGCUUCUCUAAAGUGCAUGAUACAUUGAUUAUAUGUUUACUUGAUAUUCGUUAAUCAAAACAGCAGAAAUAUACAUAGCCAAAAUAUGUCAUAAUGAGAUGACAUUUAUCUGAACACCUACAAAUUUGAUUUCAUUUGUCUUACUAAUGAUAGCUUCUUCUUCUCCUCUACAACAGCUCCUCUUUCUCUCUUUUCUUCCUUGAUUUCAUUUCAUCAAACCAAAGAAAAUACAAAAUUUUGCUAAUAUCUUCUAUUCUAUUUCUAUACCUCUUUGAGGACUUUUUUGUUGCUGUCAUUUCAUGAACUCAAUAUUAUCUUUAAAAUGUUUAAUCGCGCCACUGGCAGUAUUAUGUGCAUAGGAUAUUUAUUAAACAAAUUUUAUUUGCGUUUAUUGGAGUACAGUAUAAUGUUAAAUGUCAUUACUUAUAGAUGCAUGUAUCUGCCUGGUGGAAAAGAUUGGCGAUCUCACGAUUAAUGAAGGCAUCAAAUUUCAAAAGUAAAAUUGUUUUAAAUUUACAGAUGAGAGAUAACAAUUUAGUAAACUUGAAGAAAUUCUCUUCAUCAUAUUUUAAGGACUUCUAGUCCCCCCUUCCCACCUUUUUUGGGCAUUUUGAAAAUCUCUUGUUGCUUGAUAGUUAAUAUUGGUUAAUAUCUACAUGAUUCUUCCUCCUUUUUUUUUUCCUUCAAAGUUCCUGACAAGUUUUGGAUACUAUAUUUUUGUCUGAUGACAUCAUUGUACACUUACUUGUAAGUUAAAGACUUAACUUGAUGUGUUUAUUGUAUUUAAUGUUACUUCAAAUUGUUGUGAUUUUUUGUGGUUAAUUGUGCAAUAUCCUGAGUUGCAAAUGUGUUGUGGCCAAGAAAAACAUCAAUACUUGGUCAUUUAAGCAUCUCCGUUUUAUUUGGAGAAGAUUAACAUCUUUAUGCUGCAGUUUGGAUCUUUAAUUAUUUUUAAAACCACAUGAUAUCAUUGGUUCAGUACAUGGUUUGCAAAAGCAGAGAUGAGUUGUGUAUUUGGGUUUCUGUUGCAUUGAUGUAUGUGGGAUCUUCAGAGUUGUAUUGGUUGGAUUAUGAAGAGAACUGCUUGUUUAAAAUGACAUUGCAAAUCAAGUAGUAAGAAGAUAGCUUUUCAUAUGGUUGCUAGCAUUAUCUUGUAUGAGCUAAUACCAGAUACAUGUAUGCAUUCUUUGACAAUUUGCAAUGAUUGUCAACUCCCACCUAUCCUUACUAUGUCCUGGAUGUUUGAUUACCGCAUCUUAAACACUGCCAUAUACAAUGUAGUUCAGGGAUCAUAUUUUGAAAAGCAUGUGUCGAAACAAACUGAAAAUACACAUGUACUGCAAUUUUUGUUUGUAUGUAAGUCUGUACUUUAUAAUCUUGUUUAGAGAAAUAGUUGGCUGAAUGCAUAUUCCUCCCAUACAUGUUGGGGCGCAAACCUUACACAUAUAAAACAUGUAAAUGUAAUUGCAAAUUAAAAUGUGGAUACGGUAAGCUGUUUGCUUGAAUUAGCCUUCACAGUUUGCUCUAAACACUUAACAACUCGCAAGGUGGUGUAAGUUGGUUUGUCUGGACAAGCUUACAUGGAGGAAACGUUUCUUUCUGAAAAAUCAGAUUGAUAAGAUAUCUAUCUCGUGAAGCUGCAUUGUAUUAUAAGAAUUUUUUGUUGUUUAAAUACUCUUAAUGUGACAAAAUGUAGAUCAUAUUCAAACAGCAUAUUGCGGAUGGAAAGUGUAUAAUUCUGAACGAAUGAUAGAAGGAAGAAAGAUAUCUAGAUGACCCAUUUGCUUUUGCCCAUAUGAUUAUGGCUAUUCACUGCCUUCAGCUCAAUUAUACAUGCAGAAACAUGAAAUAGUAGUAGUCUACGACUUAGUUGAUUUUGCACAACUCAUCUACACAUAUAUAAACGCUGUCAUAUUUAUAUUUGCCAGUUGAAAUUGUUAAUUCGCUGCAUCUACUUUCUUCAAUACUCGUUUUAUUAUGAAAUAGACCGUUUGUCAUAUGAUUCUUUGCCAAUGAAA